CUAAAAAGCAAACCAAAGCAAAGCAAAACGAUUGACAAAAAUGUGGCACCAAUCAAUGGAGAGUUGAACCCUUAAAAAUCAACAAAAACAAAAAAAUUAAGAAAUCAAAGCUAAAAAUAACAAUUGCCAAAGGGCAAACCAAGAACUUGGCAAACAAGUGAAAAGAUCAAGAAAUACAGAGCUGUGACUGCGUUGGUCUUAAAACACACCAACUUAAUCACGCACACAUCGUGAACUUACCGAAAAUAAAAACAGCGGCAACAUUGUGUUGCAUCAACAACAUUUGUUGCAGCGCGCUUUGUGCCGCAUUCAAUGUUGUUGCUUUUACUAGCGUUCAUCAUGCGAUUCGUAGACAUUUCCAAAGUGCAACGGCGGCAACGUUGCACUGCCUGUGCCCAAGCUGGUGUUGAAUGCCCACGCAACAACAACAACAACAGCAACAACAGCAACAACACUGAUGCCAACGGCAACACGAACUGCUGCUGGCAACAUGUUGCUGCCACAACUGGCCACGGCACCAGCAACAGCAGCAACAGCAGCAGCGGCUGUGACAGCAACAGCUCCUCCAAGGAGAACUACUAUGCGCCCCAAAGGGAGCAACAACAAUACAACAACAACAACAACAGUAAUAACAGCAACAAUGGUUUGAGACCACAGCAACUACAACAGAUACGCUACUAUCAACACAUGCAGCAACAACAAUUGCAGCUGCUGCAACAGCAACUAUUGCAGCGGCGUCGACUGCAGCAGCAGUUGCGAGAACAGGGCGUGUUGCUGCCACAAAAAAACGCAACAGCUUGCACCAUUACAUGCAAUCAACAGUAUUUAAUGCAGCAGCGCAUGCAACAACAACAACAACAGCAACAACAAAAUGUUGCCAACAACAAUGAAAAUGACUUCUUCAACAACAACAACAAUAAUAACGGCAACAAAAAUAUAAAUAUGAACAACAAAUUCAACUACAACAACAACAAUUUUGUUGGCCUAAACGUUUUGGCUCAAGGACCAAAACUUCGACGUGGCAUGACAGACUUCUCAACAAGCAACGCCAACAACGCCAGCAACAACAAUAAUAUCAGCAACAACAUCAACAGCCAUCUCGAACAACAUACACCAUUAUUUUUCACAUCGCCACAAACGAAACCCAAAACGAAUCAUCAUCACGAAUCAACAUCACAAUUUACCAACCCAACUAAACCCAAUUCGCAUAACUCCCAAACUCCCCACAUCCAUCAUCAGCAACAGAUCAAUUCACGCUUAGCACAGCAGCAACAGCAACAGCAGCAGCAGCAGCAGAAGCAGCAUCGGCAAUCAUUGCCCGUUGUUGGUGAGGGUAAGCAAUACAACGGCAACACGGCUGCAUAUAGCACAAAACCAUUGGCCAGCGUAAGCGGCCCAGGUGGAUCAGUGCCACAAUCGGCGCAACAACAAUACCAAUAUCGGAUACCGUUGAACAGUCCAAACAAUUCGCUGUUCACGUUGGGUAAACGCUAUCAGCAGCAACAGCAGCAUCUAAACGAUCGCCUGUUGCAGCAGCAACACUUGCAAUAUUUGCAACAGCAACAGUUGUUGCAAUCGAUCGGCUCGAAUGACGAUCAGUGCGCCGCCGCUGAUGAUGUAGAUGAAGUGAGGGAGGUGAGCCUCAAACAGAACGUUGUCAUUGUCAUGAGCAAUUUGGAUAGUUAUAAUAGCGCGUUCAGUAGCAUUAUCCUUAAUGAGCAGGUGAGCAACAUUAUUCACGUCAGCAAUAGUUUGUUGUUCUGCUCCGACGACGACGACUACGACGACGACGACAACAACAGUUGCUUCGACAAUCUCGACGAGGCCGACAAUAACAAUUUUUUGUUGCAACUGCGGCAGAGCAAUAAUAAGAUGGCUGCCACAAAUAUGGCAACAGCAGCAGCAGCAGUGGCUGUGGCAGCAACACCCGAAUCGGACUACAACAGCAAUGCAACAACGCCGGGUGCUGCAGCGGCACGCAACAAUGAGCAACAGCAGCAACAUGGGUGGUUUCUCGACUAUGGCUAUCGGGAUGGCUGCGGUGGCAUGCAACGCAGCGUGCUCAGCUCCCUUUCGGCUUCGUACAAUGCAAUGGGCGAUCUGAUCUAUUAUGAUGAUCUGGCCAAGAAUCUGGAUGCCAAUCUCGCCGAGGUCGACAUGGAAAGCUUUCGGGCGGAGGACAUUCACUCGCUGCUGUCACAAUUGCCGGCCUACUGUAAAAGUCUCGGUGGCGCCAACAGUCGCUUGCAACAAUCGUUGCUGUAUCAGCAGCAACAGCAGCUGCAGCAGCAACAGCAACAAUUGCAGCUGCAAAUGCAGCACAGUAACAAUAUGAUAAUGUCCAACAUGCAACAGCAACAACAACAACAACAGCAACAGCAAAAUCAGCAACAACAACAACAGCAUAUGGGACACAACAACAUGUCACAGACAUCGACAACAUCAACCAAUGAGCUGAUCGACAACUCUUUCUGCAAAUCGGAGUUGCUCUUCUCACCCGUUAAGGAAUCGCACAUCUCUGUGGAUUCACUGGACAUGGAUGCCUAUCCGGAUGAGGGCGAUAUAAUACUCACCUGCAACAAGGACAAUUAUACGAUCGCUUUUGAGGGCAGUGUUCUCUACUCGGAUGAGAGUUUCUAUGCAGAGCCGUGUGAGAUCGCGGUGCGAAAUAAACAGAACUGCAUCAACUUGCAUAGCAAUCUGGAGGACAUCGUGAAGCGAAACAAGGCCCUGGAGGUAUCCAUGUCACGCUCGGCCCAAUCAUUUCAGUUCCUGUGCAAGUCACCCAAGAACCACACGACAAAAGCUCAACUACAGCGACGCUCGCUGCUGUUUGUAUCGCCCGCACGCAGGUAUCCUUCGGGUAACAACAACAACAACAACAUCAACAUCAACAAUACGGAGACCAUUAUCCUGACACGUCAUUUGCCGCAGUGCAGCGUCCGCAAGAGCAACAGUCUGCCCAAUCUGCAAAGUGAGCUGAGCGCAGAGUUGAGAGAAGAGUUGAGUUGUGUUGCAGCAGCACAAGAAACGGCUGGCGUCGAAACGGGCAAUCAGAAUCAGUCAGGACCAUUGAAUGUCUCGCAAGCGAUCAGCACAUCAACGAUGGAAUCGUGUUCGUCACGCUCUAGAAAUUUGCUGCCCAUGUGCCAGAUGCCCAUCUCGAUCAGUGUCUCGAUUUCGGAUCGCUUGCAACAGCAGCAUCAGCAGCAGCAUCAGCAGACAGAUGAGCCGCACAAGGAGUCAUCGUCGACGCCAACACCAACUCCACAACAGCAACAGCAGCAACAGUCGCAUCAUAUUCAUCAUCACCAUAAUCAUUCACAUCGCCAUAAGCAUCGUUGCGGCUGUGGACUGUCCUCGACGCAGGCUAGCCAAAACUUUUGUUCGGCUCAGCACAUCUCGGGCUCGGGCUCUGGCUCUGGGUCUGCCUCGUCGGCCAACUCAAAUCCGGCAGCUGCGUUCAAUCUAGUCAAGCUUUUCAUCAAACAAAAGAGCAACAGCAGCGGUGGCAGUGGUAGCGGCAGCGGCAGCAGCUGUGCCCCCGAUGAGGCACAAGCCGGUGCGCUCACCUGCAUGGAUGUCUCAUCGGGCUGCUGGCCAUCGUCCAGUUGUGGCAGCAGUGGCUCCUUGGAGAAACGUUUGCGCAAGAAGAGCAUGAAUGACUCUGGCAAAGGGUCGGCGGUAAGUCGCCACGAUGAGGACGAUGAGAUCGAUGACGACGAUGCCGAGGCGGAGACGACGACAACAGCAACAACGACACCAAAGCGUUCGUUACGCUCCCGUUGCGAUGCCGUAUUCCAUGAUGAUGCCAAUGCCAGUUCGAGUUCGACGGGUUCGUUGACGGCAACGGCAACUGCGACCAACUCACCAGCUCAUCGUCGUCGCAGUAUGCCGCUGCGUAAUCCGCAACUCUAUCAGCUGGCUGCCAAUACACACAACCACAGUCACACACAGACCCAGACCCAGACGCAGACACAAAGUCAGCAAUCGUCGGAUGCGAGCAAUUCGGAGCAACUGACUCAGGUGCCAAUGGUUGACAAAGGGCAGCGUCAACGUCCGCUCUCGUAUGCCUCCAGCUCGGAGAUGAUAACACGCUCGAUGCAAACCUCUUGCGGUUCGCUGAGCACAACGCACAGCAGCAGUUUGAGUGAACGAUAUCGUUGUGUGCCUCCUUCGUUCCUCGCAAAGUUGCAUAAUCUUGGCGAGCAGUGCGAGGCGCCCAUCUAUGUCAUCUAUCCAAAUUAUGCGCUGCCCGAUUUGGGUUUUGUGAAGACGAGCAGCGGCAGCAGCAGCAACACCGACAUCAUCUUCACACCAUUCAACUAUAAGAUGACGCUGGAGAGUGCCGGCUCCGGCUGCGCCAGCACCCUGAAGAAGCAGCAGCGUGCCACGCAGAGUGCCAACGAGCAUGAGCUGUUCAAGACGCUGGAUUUCAAGCAUAUCGCGGACUGGCAAUCGCUGGCAACGCUGCUGCCGGCUGAGUAUCGUCGUCGCUUGCAACACAUUCCGGAGGUGCAUCAGAUUACGGGUCAGCUGGAUGCGGAACUUUCGCAGCGACCACUCUUCUGCAUGUCGCCACCGAUACGCAGAAAUCGAACGCAUGUCUGCGACUGUGCCAAGACCUUGCAGCUGCAACAGCAACAGCAGCAGCAGACACAAAUGGAUGAGGCAUCCAGUUCGGGCUCCAGUCAACCGCCCAGCUCCGGCUAUCGUGGCUCGUCCACGCUGCUGACCGACUCAGAGGCGGAUGCCGCCGAUCCCCUGAAACAGAUGUAUGUCUAUCAGUAUGAACAGCAGCGCAUGGACUCGGGCGUUGAGACGAGCCCGGCCAGUCGGCCACAGCCCAUGCCACGUAGCAUUUUGCGCAAGGCGAAGCGCAACUCGAUGAUCGAGGCCAAGCAGACGCAACAGUUGUCCAAGCUGGAGAAGCGACGCAGUCUGCAGGAGCCGCCAUACAAUUAUGCGUUGGGCUCCACGGAUGAGCUGUCCGAAGUCUUUGAGGAGGAGGAGCAGGCGGUGCAAGCAACGCCAACGCCACCACCAGUCAAACAGCGGCUGUCACGCAAGGAUCUGGAUGCACGGGCGCGUGCCGAGAAUUUCUUGGCUUCGCUGCCACGCUCGGAGCUCAAGCAUUAUGCCGAGAUUGCCGCAAUUCUCGAGUCUUCCGGUGAGCAGGUGCUGUACGAUGCCGCCGCCCUCAAGAAGGAAGUGAGCCGAGUGCUCAGCCAGCAGAAGAAGGUCUCCUUCAAUGAUGCUGCUGCCGCAGCUGCAGCUGCGGCCGCUGUUGUCGCUGAAACGGAGCAGCGAGCGAAGCGUUUCUCAACGCCACCCAAUUCACCAAACAUUUCAUCAAUAGCGGCCCUGCAGCGACGCGAAACUCUCGAUGUGCAGGAGCAGCGCAAGAUUGAGAGUAAUCGCUUCAAGCGACUGCAAAUCCAGUGGGAGCUCAUGAGCAAAGAUUCGAGCAUGCUCAAGGAGCUGGCCAACGAGCAGGCGACAAAGAGUGGCGGCUCAACGCCCACAUCCACAAAUUCGGGCACGUCCGCCAACUCGGCGCUAAAGUCACGCAUACCACGACCAGUCAGUUAUCCAGCCGGCAGAGUCAGCAACAAUGGCCACGAUGCAGCGAAUAGUGGCAAGAGCAGCACUCGAUCCCCCAGUCGGAUUGUGCAGCCCAAGCGAUAUAGUUUGGCCGGCACGCCCACAUCGACGUCAGCGACGCCGACGGCUGGCCGGGCGCGCACACCGACCAACCGAGCGGGAUCCGCAACUGGGACGGCGGCGACGACACCGAAUACUCCCAAACGUCACAGUGCCGCCCCAUCGUCCAGACCGACUUCGCGAGUGCGUUAAGAAUUCCCAACUGGCAUUAAUCAGCGAGCGCAUAAUGCGGAAAACAAAGCAAAAACAUAUUAAACUCCAAACAUAUUAAACAAAGAACAAUGAAACAUUGUAUAAAAUAAUGAUUAAGGCUUCGCGCGGCUCUUCUGCUUAGAUGGCUGACCAAAAGUGAUACCAACCGAACACAGUGUGAGACAGAUCAGUUGGGAAAAACAGAAAACAAAAACAAAACACAAUUAAGAUGAGGCAUACAACAAAGGAGAGAGAUUAGAAAAAAACCGAAAAAUGAAAAACAGGCCAGUGGUCAGCCGCAAGUGCUAGUAUUUUUUGAUUCGAUUUAAGUUGCGGAGGGUAGCUAAAUUUCUUUUUACAAACUUUACAAAAAAACAAAAGAAAAACCAGAUCAAACAUAAAUGCCAAUAUGCGUUUGCAAAUUAAAAACAAAUAUUUUGAUGUAUAUAUACACGCAUACUUAAACGUUAUUUCCAUUAGCUAAUCAAGGAUACCGACAAGGUCAUAUAUGGCUAAUACAAAAAAAAUUACACAUAAAUCAAGCUAAAGAAAAAGAAACACAAAUUUAUACAAAAUAUACAUAUAUUAUGUACGUAUAUACCAAUUACACCCAGAAUAAUACAUUUUUGUGAACUACAUACAUACGCGUGUAAAGCUCAAAAAUAUGAUUGGGUAAUGGUUUAGGCCGCGACUGCGAUUGCGAUUGAUUGAUAUUUUGGUUGAUUUUGCUUGAUAUAAUUGAUAGAAAUUGGAAGAUACAAAUUACAUAAUGCCUUCAUUGUUUUACUCGAGAGUGAGUGACAUUUAAAAAGCUUAGCGAUUUUGUGUUGUGUUUUUGGUUGCAACAACGUUGAUGAUUUUCAAUUUGAGUUUAUUGAGUUUUAUGCUGAAUAUUUUGGUUAUUUGUUUUUACCUGCUUUCGCUGCUUAGUGUCUAAGUUCAAAGUGAUUUCAAAUUGUACUAUAUAUAUACUAUGCUAAUAUCUAUCUCUAUUACUCCUAAUAUGAUUUGUACUUUAAAUCUACCUAUCUAUCUGUAAACAAACACUUUUGCUCUUAAUUACUGGAAGACAUAAUUUAUAGCUUAAGCUUAAAUUUAACCACUUUUGUAUCCUUAAUUGUAUAGACAUUUUUAUUGUAUAUCAUAUUUACAAGCAAAAAACACAUAUUGUAUUUGUGGGGAGAACUGUAUCACGGAAUGGAUAUGCGGGAGAAUACAUAUAUAUAUAUAUAUAAAUAAAUAUAUAUACUAAACACUAAAACAAAAAGCAAGAAAAAAAUGUAUAAAACACGAAAUCAAUAAAAAUAUUAAUAAA